UUCGCGCUAGGGCUUUUGUGUUCUCGAUCUCUGCUUUCGCUACUACCUUUAGGGUUUUAAAGAUUAUUGUUGUUCCUUCUGCUGUAGGAUUUCGCCAUGAGCAGAUCGGGGCAACCUCCGGAUCUCAAGAAGUACAUGGACAAGAAGCUACAAAUAAAGCUUAAUGCAAAUCGUAUGGUGGUUGGAACUCUUCGCGGUUUCGAUCAGUUUAUGAACCUGGUGGUGGACAACACUGUUGAAGUUAAUGGAACUGACAAAACUGACAUAGGCAUGGUGGUCAUCAGAGGAAACAGCGUGGUAACUGUUGAAGCCCUUGAGCCUGUUAACAGAGCUCAAUAAAAAUACUGUACUGUGAUUCGAUGCUAUCAGAUUUGUAGGGCUUAGUUGUAUUGAAUUGGACAAUUCUUGCUUUUUGAAGUAUCCUCAAAUCCCCGGUUGUACUAAAUUUUAUGACCCUGAGGUUUUGCUUAGUUAAAAAUAUUGAAUGUUGUUUUUUUUUUUUCAAA